AUGCUUCUUGCGCAAAAAAAACCCGGCUCUAGCCCUAAAACAAUAAAUGAUGCAACCAGGCUCUUCUCUGGUUUAGCCGACCUUGAUUUUGAGCCUGGUUACAAUGAUCAUGUGUAUUUUCAAUAUUUGUCCAAUAAUAAAAAUGAUAUUUCUCUUCUAGAAGCCUAUCAUCCUGAAGAGAUUUAUUCAAAAUAUAUAGUUCGAGUGUCAGAAAAGGGUUUUACGAUAGUUGAUCAUCCAUCUGAAAUUUAUGGGAUUCCUGAUACUCACGAGUGCAUUGAUGGGAAUCUGCCUCUCUGUCUGGUUCUGGAUAUUGAUGCGAGGCAGAACCCCAAUCCUAUGAAUCCUGAACUCCCUUCCUUAGAUGGAAGUAAAAGUUCUCGUGAAGAUUUAUUAUCCAGAAUCUUAAUUGCCUGCACCGAUAUCUUAUAUUUUGACUUAAAACAUUUUGCAAUAUUAGAUGCUUUUGCCUUAGCCAGUUCGUCUAAUUCUGAUAAAUGUAGCUGGCAUAUCAUGUAUAAAUAUGCACGGUUCGUUGACUACAGAGACUUUAGAGGAUUUGUGAAAAAAGUUGCUGAUAAGAUUGGAAAACCAUAUUCUGAAUUUAUUGACCUUGGACUUUAUAAAUCACGUUUUAGUCUUCAGCUUCUUGGAUCGGCAAAGGAAGAUAGAGUUAAAAGACCCGUGGUUUCUUCAGUUAAACAAGGAUAUCACAAGCUAGAAGAUUAUUUAGUUCAACCUAAAUCUGAUUAUUCUGAAAUCUGGCAACAGACCUUUUCUUCUGAAAAGCUAGAAAAGGAUGAAUUCCAACCUAUCGAAGAUGAAACCGCUUUAAGCAAGAGAGCUGGUUUAGUUACAGCAAAAUAUGAGUGGCUUGAAAUUGGCCAUAUUAAAAAGGGAUUUGUCAACUUCCAAGCAAAGUUAUAUGAAGCAUGUCCUAUUUGCGGAAUCAAACAUGAAAGAGAUCAAUUAUAUAGCUUUCUUCGAAGUAACGGCCAUUUUGUACUUAAAUGCUAUCAGCAAAAUCAAUAUAAGCCAGAUCAUAAGGGAUUAGCAUUUGGAAAAGUGACUGAAAUUUCUACAAAACCUAAGAGAGGAAUAGUCGAAAGAAUAGGUGAUGCUAUAUCAAAUCCACGCCCUCUUAUAGAAUUAUCAGAAAUGGCAAUUAAUGUAGAAAAAUUAAAGGAUGCUUUGGAAGUAUAUUCUGAUUUCUUGGGUAUUGAGAAAAUGACAACACUUAUUCGUUCUCCUCUGAGGACAUGGAAAACCACUACAUUAAGAGAGAUUAUUAUGGCAUUGAAAGAUAAAGUACAUGAUAUUUCUUUUUUACCAUGUUAUAUCUGGAUCUUUUACCGAAAGUCUCUUAGCAAUGAAUCAAAAUCCAAACUUAAUGAGUUAAAAGCAUCUGGCUUCCAAAUUUGCAACUACCAAAAUAUGCAAGGAGACUUAUCUAUAAAUGAGUGGGAUAUUAUCAUAGUACAGGUUGAAAGCCUCUUUCGUGUCGAAUUCACAGCCCGUCCGUUUGUAGCUAUUCUCGAUGAAUCUAAUGCCAUUAUGCGCCAAAUGUUUAGCGGUACAAAUGCACGGGAAUCUGAAAACGCAAUGCGUGAUGUCUUAAGAUCUGCAAUGCAUGUUUUGGCCAUAGAUGCCUUCGCAAAUAUCUCAACACUAACCUUCCUCCAGAUUUAUUGUGGUGAAAAUAUUCGCGUAGUCGAUAAUAAGUAUCAGCCUCGUAUAGGUGAGACGGUUGAAUUUAUUUAUGAUUCAAAUAGUGGAGCAGAAGUUAUGCGAAUAGGAUAUGACCUUUUGAGGCAGGGUAAGCGUGUGGCAUUUGUAUUUACCGGAGUGGUGAUAGCUAGAGCGUUAGUGGAAAAAGCAUCUAAGUUGUCUAAACCUGAUAAUUCGCCUGUUAGAGCCUGUGCUUAUUAUGGAGAUAUGGAUGGAAAACAACGUCAAAAAGACUUUUCUGAUAUUAAUGUCGCUUGGAGUGAGCUUGACUGUAUAGCUUAUACAAAUAUAAUGGAGGCAGGAAUAUCAUUCGAGGUUACAGGUCACUUCGAUAUAGUUAUAGCUAUUACAAACAUCGCCACUCCAGUUCAUAAAAAUUCUAACGAACUUUUUUGCCCAUCAGGUCGUGAAAAUAUUAGGGCAGAACUUGAAAGUGCUCGGCCUAAUAACUUACCUACAGCAAUAAAAGGUCAUCGUAAAUAG